CCUAUAGCUGUCUGUUGUACACACAUAGCUCCCCGCAACCCCACCAUGUAGAGUGGAUACAGCAGGUGUAGGCUAACCCCACCUCCGGUAGAUAUCAUUGUGCCAUCAAAAUAUCCCUUUCCCCUCAAUUCUCAUUCUCCUCCUCACUGCAGUUACGAUUCACGCCGAUCACGCCCCAGCAAUGUCUGCCUGUGCCUCCUAUUUCUCGUCCUUCCUCCCGGAAACACUCGCAAAGUACUUCACGCGCAACCGCACAUUCCUCACGCUGCUCCUGACCCCGCACCUGCUCCACCGGCUCUACGGAAACUACACGCUCUUCCACUCCCUCGGGCCCAGCGGAGUCCCACGGAACCCAAUCGGCUGGGCGAUCUCCUCGAGCCUCAAGCUCGUCACUCGGGAGACCCUCUCGACGACGCAGUACAGCUUGGAUGGGCCUGCAUAUCUCGCACCUCUCCCCGCUCGAGCGGGCGAGCGUCCAACCAAGAGCUGGCAUCCGGUCCCGCAGCGGCAGAUCACGCAGCUGCCGUCGGAGGAUGUGAUCGAGGCGGUGCAGAGCGCGCUGCUGGAGAUCCACGCGGAGUUCUACGACGUCACGGAGCAGCGCACGAGCGAGUUCGAAAAGCACGGGCAGGCGCUGUUCGUAAAGAAGGAUGUGCCCGAUGAGGGUGUGUCGAAGGCUGUGGUCAAGACGAAGAGGGAGGUCGCGCAUGUGCACGAGACAGACGGGAGCGUGCAUGUGGUUAUGUCUUCGCAUGCGGAUUGUAGGGAUGUUGUCGAGAAGGGGUGGGGCGAGAGGCAUCCGCUCGCGGGUGUGGUGCUCGAGAAGGAAUACCUCAUGAUUUAUGCGCCGAGGGACUGGGAUGAGGUCAACGUGGUGAGGGGUAUUUUGGAGGCGGCGGUCAGGGGGGCGGUGGGGAAGGCGAAGCCAACGCCCGGACAGUGGAACUAGAAGAAGCAUCACAGAGAGAAUCGCAUCAUAGAUGGAGAUGCAAACCGCCCCCACCCC